UCCACUUUCAUUUCCUUCUACUUUAAUUGUUUCUACACAUCCGUUAAACACAACGAUUACCUUACGCUAUGUUUUAUCUGGCUUCAUUGUCCUCGUAUGGUUGCGACUACCAAAUGAUCGAUCCACUCAGAUCCCCUUGUUCUUCUCGCUCGGUAACAUCUCCUCACCUUCCUUCGACGAGCGCAUUUUGAUUUGAAAAGCACACCUUGUGACUCCUUUUGAAAGUUGGUGAAAUAUUUAUUAUAUAGUUAUGAACUUCACAAAUAUGUGCACUGGAAUGGAUGCAGGCAUGCCGUUAUCUCGAAAUUAUUGUUAUUAUUAUUAUUAUUAAUUUAAAGCAUAUAUACACAUUGCAGGAAAGGGAAAGCGAGGAGCAGGCUGGCAACCGGAAGGGGCACAACGCCUGCCUAGUCGAGUCGUCCACUAGCUCAUUUUCCCCUUUAAAACGAGAGAGUGAUGCGCUGACAUGUUUUUGUGAAGCAACUGCGCAUGACGUCAGAGUGCAAACAAUUUGGUAAACCUGUCUAUCCUGGUUUUAGAAAUCGGAAUCGACGUGAAGCGAAAUCUCUUCCAGCGACCGGAAGUUGUUUUAACCUCACGACUAGUUUCUUUGACUCCAUGGGUGUUCAUUCAGUCGAGUGUUUAGUGUAAUUUAUACUGCCCAUAGCACUACCAGCCUUAACUCUCUUAACACCUCGCUAUGGUUGCGAAUCCUACGCGCUUUGGUUGAAACUCUUGAUUAAAAGAAAUAACGCACGUGCUUGCUGUCAUACUUUCCUUCUCUCCUCUAAUUCAAUUUUGUAGUAUCUCCGUCUCUUGCGAACCAGUGCGUUAUCUGUUUUUUUUCAUGGCCUGAAUGUUCUUUUUUUUUUUGCGCGGAAGAACGAGAAGACGAAGUUUACUCUUGAGAGUCCACGCGCCGUGGCCCUAAAUGUCGCCGCGGGAACAUGGCUCCUAGAGAUACGGUGAUGCCUCCAGAACCCAGCUCAACCCAGAAGCAGCAGCCCGAGGGGCCUGAACAAGAUGAUACUGACUCAAGUACAGACACUUCACUUGCCCAGCCAAGCAAAGGACAAAAGUCGACUGUACAGGUCAUCGGUGGUGACGUUGUGGCGAGUGGGACGAGGGAAGCUCACGUUCCGAUUGCAACGCCCUCGCAGCCGCAAGGAGUAGACGACGCCGUGCGCUUCAAUGCGCUCACCUUGGCUUGGAUCUGGGGACUGCUGCCCGGAGGGCUGGUGGGUGUUUCGAUCGCCUACCUCCUGUGGUCCGGGCGGAAGCAUGUCGUCGAGAGCAUGGCUCAGGAAUGCAACACGAGCGACUGCCGGUACGCGACGGAGCUGCUGAAAUCCACGCUGGACCGCAGAUUCGAGCCGUGCGACGACUUCUACAGCUUCGUAUGCUCGCGCUUCAGUGGACCCGCGUUCGACGUCUUCAAUUCGGUCCAGCUGUACAUGCGUGAACUGACCGAAUCCACGCUGCACGCCGUCGAUGUUCCGCUCUCGCAUCAGAACUCCACUCAAAAGGCUGCUGGCCUGUUCCGUGCCUGCGUCAGUAUGGCAAACACUACUCGAUCCGAGGUGCCUGCGCUGAAGUCGUUCCUCGACCAAGUCGGACUCGACCUGUCAAACAUGCCGCCCGAUCCCAACUUCAGCAUCGCCGAGAGGAUCGUGAGGCUGGGCUUCGAGUACGGCUUUCCGACCUACGUCAAGUUCGGAUGCUGGACCGUGAAGUGGCAAGCAAAGAAAAUUUUGACCAUUGAUACAGACAAAGACUACGCGCCAUGGUUGAAAAAUGCAGCUGCCGACUUUGAUGUCUACGCCUACUUUAUACACGAGUACGACUCAAACCUGGACAUCGUUCAGCUAGCCGAUCGCAUCGAGGUCGCCGAAGGAAAGCGUACGUUUUUUUUUUUCACUUGCUAAACCUGCGUUGCACGUUUCAGCAAGGGUGACUGAAAAAAAACAAAACAGGAAGAACACUGAAGAAUUUGCUGCAGGAAAUAUGAAACAACGAUGUUUCCGAAAACCAACAACUCGUGGCAUCAGACGUCAGUAAUAAUAUAAUGCGGAGCAAUAUUAGCCACCAAUUGCCGAUGAGAGCAUAUCGGAAAAAAUUGUACGUGUGGCCCGCAAGCCGGGUAUGCAAUCAGCUGGUAUCAUCCCAUUGAAUUGUAUAGGGCUGGCAGUGUGUAUAUGGGGUCCUUCGUUUCUGUGCUUUAUGUUUUUUUUUUAAAUUUCGCGGAAUAAAAAUCGGGGGUUAUGUUUUUAGCCAUCAAAACCACUGAUAAAUACAGGCUGCUGCCUGGCGCGGAAAUCGAAGAGAUGCCGGUGGUUUUGUUGUACGGCAGCCCAAAGUUAUGAAUAUUUUGGUAAGUUUU